CGGUAGUGUAUUGGCCGGCAUGGUGCUGGACCAAGGUUGCCUGGCCCAGUGUUCUUCAGGGAUACUCUUGGGCCACUUUGUUCCGCACGGUUUGCAAGGCGGGUGGCCAUGACCUCUCUCAUGGUUCUGUGCAUGAGCAUAUCCGGUACAAGCCUUGCAUUAGAAGUCUCCCAGAGCUCCGAGCCCGGCUUAAAGCUUAACAAAAUGCUUGCUUCCGUACCAGCGCCUGAACUUUCCUUGUGCAUUGAGAAGGAAAAUCGACCCCUAAACGUUAUUACUCAACGCAAGCUAAGUAACCUCGGCUAUGUUCACUUACGGUCGAUGUCAAGGUCGAUCAACAGAGAGAACCAGGCCAGGCUUCUUUGUAAGUUGUCAAGCAUCAUCGACUACUUGGUGAGAAGCACCGGUAGGACUGGGACUAUCACGAACAUCUCCCGAUACUAUGCUUGAAGAGUCUGGUGACUGUAACUGUAAUGUUAAUUAACCAGGUAUUCUAGAGAUAUUCUGCAGAUGCUGCAAGUGGACUUCGAUGUCAAUCCAUUUGGCAUCGUCUUU